AACAAACAUACGCUCAGUCCGAUGACUCUCGCCCCCGUCCCCGCGUUUCCCACUUUCGAAAAAAAAAAAACAGAACCCAGGAAACAAAACGGAAGCCGCUUGAGGCUUGGGACUCUUCUCCUCACCAACCAGCAAGCACACACUCCGAACAGAAAUGCACUUCCUUUGUAGAUCAGCUCGGUGCGCUUUGGCAACCCGCCCCACCGCUGCAGCCGCCACUCUCCUCCGCCCAGCGCUCCUCGCCACAUCACCCUUCCGAACGAGUGGUGAUGUCAGAGGAGGGGCCCGCGCCAUCAGCAGCUUGCAAACUCCCCAACUAGGCGCUUUUACGCUUCCUGAAGUGCGCAAUGAGGAUAUGCGCGACUAUGCACCUGGCAGUGUAGACAGAGUGAAGCUCCAGGAAGCGCUCGCAUCAAUGCGGUCCAAACUGCAAAACCAAGGUCCCUUCCAGGUCCCCGUAGUCGUAAACGGCGAACACAUUCACACAAAAAAGGUGCAGACCCAAAGCGUCCCCUUCGAACACAGCACGAAGCUCGCGACAUUCAGCGAGACGGACCCAGCGACCCUGAAGAAAGCCAUCGAGACAGCGCUGAAGGUCAAACCAGAAUGGGAGGCGAUGCCGUUCAACGAUCGCGCUGCUAUAUUCCUGAAGGCAGCUGACCUGUUGGCUGGGAAGUACCGCUACGAGGUGAUGGCCGCCACCAUGCUGGGGCAGGGGAAGAACGCAUGGCAGGCGGAGAUCGACGCCGCUGCUGAGCUAUGCGAUUUCUGGCGGUUCAACUGCUACUUUGCGGCGCAGAUCUACGCCGACCAGCCGGUCAAGAACAGUCCCACCGUGUGGAACAGGAUGGAGUAUAGGCCGCUGGAGGGGUUCGUGUUGGCGUACUCGCCGUUCAACUUCACUGCUAUUGGAGGGAACCUCGUCAGCGCACCUGCUUUGAUGGGCAAUGUGGUGCUGUGGAAGCCGUCGCCGAUGGCUAUGUACAGCAACUACCUCGUGUUCCAGAUCUUGAAGGAGGCUGGUUUGCCUGAUGGUGUGAUUCAGUUCGUGCCUGGAGACGCGGAGUCUAUUGCGAAGGAAUGCUUCGACCACCCGGACUUUGCUGGCUUGCACUUCACUGGUAGCACGGGCGUGUUCAAGAACCUUUGGAAACAGAUCGGCACAAACAUCGACAAGUAUAAAUCGUAUCCCCGGAUAGUUGGCGAGACGGGUGGCAAGAACAUGCAUUUCCUGCACAAGAGCGCAGACGUCCGGUCCGCCGCGUUACAAACCAUUCGUGGUGCGUUUGAAUACAGUGGGCAGAAGUGUAGUGCAACCUCUCGCGUCUACGUGCCCGACAACCUAUGGGACGAAUUCCGAACAAACCUGGUCCAGGAGAUAAGGAAGAUCAAGCAGGGUCCGGUUGACGACUUUACAAACUUCGUCGGACCUGUCAUCAACGAGCACUCAUUCGACAAGAUCUCCAAAUACCUCGAAAACAUCAAGACGGGCAAGGAGCCCAAGACCAAGAUCCUUAUCGGCGGGAAUGCUGUCAAGGACCGCGGAUACUACAUCGAACCCACCGUCGUGAUAACCGAGAACCCGCACUCGACAACCAUGAAGGAAGAGCUGUUCGGACCGGUCGUUACAGUCUAUGUGUACCCGGCUGACCAGUACGAGGAGACUUUGAAAGUCGCAGAACAAACAACCACCUACGCCCUCACCGGCGCCCUAUUCGCCCAAGACCGCACCGCAAUCAUCAAAGGCGCCAACAUCCUCCGCCACGCCGCAGGCAACUUCUACAUCAACGACAAGUCCACGGGCGCUGUUGUUGGGCAGCAGGCGUUCGGCGGGGGGAGGGGGUCCGGGACGAAUGAUAAAGCCGGGAGUGCAUUGAACCUGCUUCGAUGGGUCUCGCCGCGCACAAUCAAGGAGACGUUUGUGCCAUUGACGCAGUUUGAGUAUCCGUCCAACACUGCGGAUUUCAAGUAGGGGCGUAAGGUGUAAAAUUACAUGUAGAGCAGACAUGCAUAGGGAUUGCAGAUUCUGGCGUCUGUUCAGUUCCCCUAGGCGUAGGCUAGGCACCUCAAGACUGAAAGCAUUCGUGACAUUCAUUUCACAUCAAAUGGGUAUCUUCCCUCAACGGCUCAUCUUUUGCCGUGAAGAUUGUAUGAUCAAUAUCUGAUUUACAGAGAUAUGUAUAAUCAAAAAUAUAUAAGCAUGAC